AUGGAUGAUGACGAGGAUCUUUUCGCUUCUGAUGUCGACGAGGACAAGGAGAAGAAUGUCAAUCCAGAAGACAAGAAACAUGCGUUGAGAAGAGAUCUUCGCACAAUGGUCUACGGUUUCGGAGACGAUAAGGAACCGUACGACAAAACCCUCGAUGUUCUGGAGGCGAUAGUUCUCAACUACAUCAAAGAGCUCUGCCAAUUGGCGAUGAAAGUCGGAAAGCCAGACAAGAUGGCUCUCGAAGACAUUCAUUAUUUGAUCCGUCGCGAUUCGAAAAAAUUCUCACGAGUCAAGGAUCUCCUCUCGAUGUCAGAAGAGUUGAAAAAGGCUAGAAAGCAGUUCGACGAAGUGAAACCAAUCCUGUAA